GUUCCUGCCUGGAGGAUUUGGUGAUCCCCUCCUACUAGCAAGGAAGCCUGUUAAGCGAAAGCUUCUAUUCCGUCCACAACCAUUUGAAGGUCGAGUCAAGUCGGGCAGUUGAAAAGAUGAGACUUAGGCUGAAGUUCCUAAAUAAGUUCCAUGUUUUCGAGACUGCAACAGCUAGUGCCACUCUUAAUGAGAUUUUUGAGUCUGCUUCGAAAAUUUUCAGUUUGAAAAGAGAAAAUGUUCAAAUAAGUCUUAAUGCAAAAGAUUAUUACAACAUAAAUUAUUCAAAUCAAUCUCUAUCAGAACUUGGUAUUGUUAAUGGUGAUAUAAUCUAUAUUAAUUCAUUGGAAAAAUUAGAUGAUAUAAAACAAUCCUUAGAAACUGAAUUAGCUACACCUAUUCUGAAAUUCAUCAAUGAUAAUCUAUCGAAUGAUCAACAUUAUACAUCUACUCUGUUAAUGGCUAUUCCUUUGUAUAUAUUCGCUAUUGAGAAAGGUUUAUAUACUUUAGAUCAUCUAAGUCAAUACUAUCAGGAGAUGUCAUCAAUUAUACGUUUAACAUUUAAUUAUCCUCAAGUUGAUUCUAUUAAAUUGAUAUUUACAUUAUUUCAAAAUGGAAAUAUGACUUGUAUUGCUGGUAAAUUUCUAUGGAUUUUAUACUACUUUAUUUUUUGAUCAGUGAGUAGUUACUAUGUCACAACAGACUUGAUUGGAUUUCACUAGUCAUGGCUUCUUAUUAGAACUUCAGGAAAAUAUCUCUUGAAGACCGUCACUAGUGUGUAUAUUUUAUUUAUUUAUUUAUCUUAACACAUAGAUAUUGGUAAAAGGAGGCACCAAAUGCAUAUGCGCCACACAGAUCUCAUUUGAUAUGUGUGAAGGCUGUGAUACUGCCCGGGUGCCCAAACCGAGGCAGGUGGUUUUCUUAUGGGGCCACAUCCCGAGCCUUCGACCUGAAGGUCUGAUCCACCUCGUUAUCUUUUCUCCAUCCCUACCUACGACUCUGCUGACUGCAUCACUAAGAAAAAACGUACUAAUCUUAAUCGUUGAUUUUUUAUCCCUAAGUAGGUAGAACAAUUCAAGCUGAACAACGUUUACGUGGGUCUUUUGACGCCUCAGGCGAACUAGCUGAUAAUAGUAACUGUUUGCUUCAAUUAUCCUUGAACACUUGUUGAAGAGAUUCAACAGAUGACUCCCGUACGUUUUACUGGAUGUAGAAAGGUCACAACAGAGAGCACAGAAUCAACAGUAAACCAAUUAAGAAGAAAAAUAUAAGUAAAUCCAAAUGAAAUAGAAUAUACUGAGAAAAUUGAUCUGUGCCAUUGUAACCUGUGAAUUACAUUAUAUUACUUAUAUCAUUUAAAACAAAGAAUUCUAACAUCUCGGGAAAUCUAACCAGACAGCUAAAAUAUUGUAACACUACCUAACCAUUAUUUUGUAUCCAGUAGUAGCAAUGUGGUUUAUGCUACUUAUGUCGACAUAAGUAACAUAUAACGCUAGUCAGAAGUGGAAUGCCUGGCAGCAGAAGGCUGAGAAGAUCGAAUCGAUGAGAAUGAGAACAGACAGUAAUUGUAAUAACAAUGAAGGAACGAUGAAAAUUGAGACAAUUGAUGUAGGAUUUGCAAAUAAAGUAUUGAAUCUAUGGUUUUCAUGUUUUACCAAAAUACUUUUACUAUCUCUACCACUAUGGGAUUUGAAUCGACAAUUGCAUCUGUGUGCUAAUGUGUUAUGGCAACUCGAACUGAUGUACGUACGCAAGAGGUUCUACGUUGUUGCUGACUGACUGUUGUCUCCACAUGUGUACUCGUUCGUUACAGUACUAGUAGUAAUGCUAUAUCUCUGUUUUUUUCUUUGUUACAUUUCUAUUCUCUUAAAGCAAGUGUUCAAGAUCUUCCUAUUCGAAAACAAUUAAUUUUACAAACAAAACUUUAUCUUAUCAAGCAAGAUACCAUACACCAAUAAUAUUUGACUGAACAAUGACUUCAUCAUCAGGCCUCCAAAUGCCCUGCUACGACGGAUGGUGGAGAGAGUCCGCUUUACUUUCCGAAAUGCUCUCACAUGGUCACGCAAAAACAGCCAAUUCCAGGGAAGUCCUAAUCGCGGUGGGAGUGUUUUUUUAUGAAAAUGGGAGGACGAAAAAAGAAUGUCCGGCACUUCAACCGGGUUAGUGGAUACGGAGGGUUCACCUAGCUACUACGAAUAAAUUAAAUCUUCUAUACAGACAUUUACGAUUGUUAUCUAUACGAAUUAAAGAUGAAUUAAUUGAACCUAUACUAUUGGCUAUUCAUUCAGAAUAUAAUUUAUCUCCAAGACUUCAUUUAUGUACUCUUCCAAGUGAAUUAUUUUGUGAAAUAUUGUGUUAUUUACGAUUAACAUCACUUGGUUUCUUAAUGUUAUGUAAUCGUGAAUUAUCUUAUCGUAUACGUAAUUGUAAUACAGUUUGGCGUAUUCAUUUAGCUAAGUUGAAUGCUAAAAACAGACCGAUUUCAGAUGGUGUACUUAGUCGACAACAACAAUCAUCAUCAUUAUUACAACAAGUCGACCAAAAACACACUACUUUGCAUAAAAGUCAACAAAAGAAUAUUGGUGACGAUGUUGAUAAUGAGAUGGACCAAACUGAACAAGAUGAAGCUUAUAAACAAUUUUUAGCUCGUUAUAAAAGGUUGUUCAUUCAAAAAAGGUAAACACUGACAAUUUCCAAUCUUACAAAUUUCUUUUUUCACAUUUCCGUUUGUCUAUUUCUACCGUGUAACAUUUUAAUUUGAAUGAAAUACUACUUAUAUUAAUAGACAAGUACAUAUGAUUGUACUGAGACCUUUGAGUUUCUCAUUACAUAUAUUUGUGUUGUUAAGAAGAUUAUUCACUUUCUGAAUAGUCUGUACUAAUGUUUGAGACUGUGAAACUAGGUGACGAAGGUUCGAAUCUUACUGAGAAUGUUACAGAUAUCCCUUGCUGAUAAAUAACAACUAGCUCGAAAUCUAGAUCAGGCAAAGUUUCUUGUAUAGUACCUCUAAUUACCUUAAAUAGUUAUUUUUGAGCUGUCGACGGCCUGCUUAAAUAUCUGGGCUAACUGUUCCUACCAUUUAGAUAUUUCAACAAGUUAUCUGUUUUCUUGUUUAUUUUAACACAUCAUUAUGUCUAUUGAGCGUACAACCCUAUUCAGGUGCGUUUAUGAAAAGUUUACGACAUUUCACUGUACAGGUUACGAAAAAGUACAUUCACCAUCAUCCUGAUGUUGUCUGGCAAUUUGCAUUGAAAAGAACGAACCUUAUUCAAAUGUCGAUUCCCGAACUGCUAACAUAUAACUUGCAAUCACUCAAUAUUUAUCGUCAGAAUCGUUCAAGAAAUAAGAAAAGGAAACUUGUUGAAAUAUUUUGCACUGAAAAUUCCAUGUUGUAUCAAAACUAUAAUAUUGAAUAAAGCUAAUAAUAAUAUAGUUGUUAUAUGAAUUGAAAGUUUGUAGAGAUUCGUUCAAUUUGAAGAUAAUUCUCGUUUGUAGGUACUCUACAACAAACCUGUUCUAUCUAGGUUUAUAUGCUUGUUAAGAUUCGAACCUACAUCACCGCUGAGCUUUCCAAGCCUCCACAAACUGGUAAAACUGAAAUAUUUACAGUUGAUUGGAGUUCAAAAACGAUGUACAGAGUGAAACAGUUAAGGAUUAGUAAUAGUAAUAGUUGGAGUGAUUUUAGUUGUUAGAUGUGGACUAUUCAAACCUUGACUCAUUGUACUGUAUGAAGUUUCUCAGUCGUCAUCAGUAGUUUAUAGUGGCUGUUUAUUUGCCAUUGUUCUGUCUAAUAUCAAUGUCUCUAAUAAAAAAAGUACUGUCUCUCAAAGGAAUCAUCUACCACUUCCCUCCACAUACCAUAUAGGAGGGGGAGCAUUUUAUAAGUUUUGUUACCGGUUUAAAUUUAUGUGGUAUCAUACUGGUUGGAAAAUCUGAUAAUUUUUAGCUUCGUUCUAUGUUACGUUGUGUUGUCUUUUGCACACCAGCGAAAAAUCUUGAUAAAUCAUAGAAUCCUCACUGGUUUAUUCAAUGAUUCUCCAUCUGAUAUAAGUCAUUGAUGUAACCAUCUAAGUUCUUUUUAGUUGUUAUAGUUUACGUUACGAACUGAUCCUAGUUUGACAAUUGUUGAAAACCAGAAACCACCGUACAGUUGUUUCUUUAUAGUAUAGGACUUCCUAACAGUGCGCACCGACGACCCAAUUCCUGAGAUUGAACACAAGAUCUUUAGGUUACACAUCGCUCACUUAACUUCUAGACCGCUAGUUGAAAUCCAACAACUUACCUCUGUUAAUUCACCAUAUUGAACAAUAAUAGAUCGUAAGUAAUAAGUCUCCUAAUUGAACACUAGAUUCAGUUCCGAAGCUCUUCUAGUAACUACCGGGCUAAAUCUACGCAGUAACUUGAACACGAGAGAAAAGGAGCGAAAUAUGAAAAAAAACGCUUUACUCCAAGAUUCGUUUAUGUACAGAUGGCCUUAGGUUUCCAGAAAUUGCUAGAACAUAGGAUCAGUAUAAGUAAUCAACCAAUCAGAAACUCGACAUGUGACUUUCUACUUCCUAGAUGUUUCUGGUAAAACUUCUAUUGAAUACUGAUUGGAUAUGAUGUUUCUCAAUGUUUUCAUAGCCUUUUUUCCAGGAGUUUUUUGGAUCUCUUCCGUUCAUCAUUAAAAACAAAUAAAAGAAAUAUCGAUUCUUGUCAUUAUGUCAUUAUUAUGAUUAAGUAUUAUAUAUUUUAAUUAUCACAAUCUUCAUGUAGCCAUGGGGAAAUGUUUUAUUCUUUCAGAUAUGAUAGGGGCCUUUUCUUCUGUUGAGACAAUUAUCCCAUUACAAUAAAUGGAAGGAAGAACCUUCAGAUGAAAAACAGACGAUUUGUAUUAUUCACGUUUAUUUAUAACAUACAAGCUUUUUAAUACUUACUCAUUUACUUCUGUUACUCCCUGUGGAGCAUAGGCCGUCGUCCAGAAUUCUUCAUCCCUUUUAAUACAUUUGAUUAUUUUCAUUACCAUUUCUUGGUAUUUCAAAAGUAGUUUAUCAGUUCGUAUCUCGUAGUUUCUGGUUAACGAAACUCACUAUUAAACCCUACUGAAUCAUCUAACUAGUUAAUUGAGCUACAUGUGAGAAUAUAAAUUCGAAAAAAAACUUUUGUCUUGUAAAUGAUUCAACUAGCCAAUCUAAGCUAGACCAAUAUUAAGAUCCUGGAGGCACUGAAUGGCCAUUUCGUCUUAUUAUGAGACUCCGUAGAAGUGCGUACCCAAGAUCGAUUGAAGUUAAACAUUAACAUCGUUCGACGCCGACUUAGGGGUCUAGAG